AUCGAUGCAGAAGUUUCCUACUGUGUUUCACUGUGGUUAUUCAAAGUUUUAUCUAUUUUUUUUUUUAUUAAUUUGAUUAAUUUAUAUAUAUUUUGUGAAUUGUAAAAUUGAAUAUGUGGAUAAACUUCAUUCUAAAUUAGAGAAUAUGGAUUCAAAUUCAGAAAACAUGAAUAAUCUACAUGAUUUAUCUUACAGUGGUAAAUUAGAACAAAUUACAAAAUUGUCAAGUAUUGAAAAAUACAUAAAUGAACCAGAUAGUGAUGGAAGAACGCCUUUACAUUUAUCAUGUUUUCAAAAUCAUUUAAAUGUGGCAAAAUAUUUAAUAAAUUCAAAUGCGAAUGUUAAUUGCCAGGAUAAAAAUUUAACAACACCUUUACAUUGGGGUGUAUUUAAUAAUAAUAUUCAAUUGGUUCAAAUUUUAAUUGAUAAAAAAUCUGUCAUACAAGCAAAAGACCGCAAUGGAAUACAACCUUUGCAUUUGGCAUCCUUAAAAGGAAAUGUACAAAUUAUUCGACUUAUAAUGUCAAAAGGAGAAAUUCAUGAAACUGUUGUUGAUAAUCAAGGUAUUUCACCACUCCAUUUAGCCGCAUAUUGUGGUAACACCGAAGCACUUGAAGUAUUGUUGGAAUAUUUUGAUGUACACGCAACUGACAAUCGAUCAAUAAAUGCAUUAAAUUUAGCAGCAUCCACGUGUCAAACGAAAUCGGUACAAUUAUUGUUGAAAAAAGGUGCUUCGACACACCAUGGAGAUAAUUUAGGUCGAUAUCCAUUACAUUGGGCCGCCGUAUCAGGCGAUUUGGAAAUGAUUAAACCAUUAUUAUCUGAUUAUUAUGAUGCUAUAGACGCAUUUAAAUGUACCCCAUUGUUUUUGGCCACUUCGUAUGGCCAUGACGAUGCUAUUUGUUGUCUGUUAAAGAAAAAUCAUCAAUUACACUUAGAAAGCGGACAAAGUGAACAAUAUUUAAUAUUAACGAAUAUAGAUGGUCCUGAUUCCGUAGUAAAUAAAAACUAUAGUGAAAUUUCAGCUUUACCAACAACGAUUCAUUGGGCCGCUGCAUUUUGUUCCUCCCAUAUCAUUGAGAAAUUAUUAGAUGCCGGUGCAAAUAUUGAAGAAUUAGGUAUUCGUCAUAAUACACCAUUACACACAGCGGCUGCAUUUGGUAAUCAAGCAGUGAUUAAGCUUUUACUAGAUCGAGGGGCUGAUAUUAAUGCAAAAGAUGAAGAUGACAGCACUGCAUUGCAUUGGGCAAUAGUACAUCGACACAUUGAAUGCGUCAAGCUUUUGUUAGAAAAAGAUGCGGACACUGCGGAAGCAAUGUGUUGGGCAGCUGCAGGCGGAGAUUUAAAUAUCGUUAAACUGUUACACGAAACCACCGAUUGUGAUAUAAACGAAAAUGAUGAGAAUAGUUGCGAUGAAUAUUCACGAAAUCCAUUAAUGUGGGCUGCAACUUGUGGUCAUGCGAAUGUAAUCGAAUAUUUACUGGAUAAUGGCGCUGACAUCAGUUGUUACGAUGUUAUUCACUGGUGUGCUGUGAACGGUUUAGUUGAUUCGAUCAAAAAAUUACUAGAAUUAGGUGUGGACGUGAAUGAAUCUGAUUUAGGAUUUAAUCGUACCGCAUUACAUUGGGCUGCAUGGAGUGGGAAUAUUGACGUCGUAAAAUUUUUAUUAAGUGUUGAUGGAGUAGAAGUUAAUGCGGUUGAAGAUCAAGGCGAUUUACCGAUACACUAUGCAGUGGUUAAUAAACAUUUGGAAGUGAUUAAAUUGUUAAUUGAACAUGGAUCAGAGUUAAAUAAAAGGGGAGAUUUAGGACUACCUUUAUGUAUGGCAGUACGUGAUGGAGAUUUAAACAUUAUCAAAGUGCUAGUAGAUGGCGGUGCGGAUGUUAAUCUUGCGGAAUAUGACGUGGAUGAAACAUCUAAACCCUUACAAAUCGCGCUUGAAUAUAGUAGUAUGGAAGUUGUUAGAUACUUACUUGAAAAAGGGGCUGAAAAAAUUUGUUUCAUUCAUCGCCUGGCCGAGUGUGGAACAGUUAAAGAUACUGAAAGCUUUAUUAAAUCUAAUGAUAUAAAUUCCGUAGAUAAUUGUCUUCGGACACCACUAUUUUAUGCCGUGCGAAAACCGGAUAAUUUAAAAUAUUUAAUUUCUUUAGGUUCUAAUAUUAAUCAUCACGAUUACUUAAACCAAACACCGGUUUAUCGUGCAAUUGAAUGGGAAUGUUUAGAAUCGGUUAAAAUUUUAAUUAAAGAAGGCGGUGACUUGAAUUACAAUGCUCGACGUGAAGGUUAUACACCGUUAAUUCGUGCUAUCGAAACGGAAAAUUUUGAAUUAUUUAAAUUAAUCGUUGAUAGUAACGCUUCGAUAACUAUGAGAGACGAUAAUCAACGUACUCCAUUGCAUCAUGCCGCAUGCAAAUCUGGUAAUAUAGGUUUAAAUAUGAUGCAAUAUUUAUUAUCUAAAGGUGCUGAAAUUAAUGUAUUCGAUUUGUAUGGUGCAAAUCCUUUGUAUUUAGCCGUAAAAACGGUACAUUAUAGUGCGUAUUAUGAUACAAACGUAAAAUAUCUUUUGGAUAAUGGGGCCGAAUUAAAUACACUUGCAAAAUAUGAUGAAACUACUUUAACACCCCUAUCGUAUGCGGUUAUGGAAAAAAAUUAUAAAAUGGUAAAAUUAUUAAUUUUAUACGGUUCAGAUUUAUGUUUAGAUCGAAAUAUAAUUAAUCUUUGUCCGGAUGUUUCGUAUCUAAGAUUAUUAUGUUUCGCGGGGUUACGAUUGAAGAAUUUACCAAUCACAGUAAAUGAUUCUAAUAUACAAAAUUAUAUUAAAUAUGUAGAAACGAAUCCAUUCAAUUUAAAAGUAUUAUGUCGAAUUGCGUUACGUGAGACAUUACAGAAAACAUAUUUACGAUUUGUAAAUAAUGCGCAAAAUGUACCUAAUUUGGUAAAACAAUUUUUAUUAUUUAAUUCAGAUCAUGAAUAAUAGCAGAUUUUUAGUUCCAAAAUAUAAAUAAUUCGGACAGGGAACGUAUAAUCUGUACCUUUAAAAACGUAAAAUACCUCAUACUUAAAAGAUACUCGUUUACUUUUUUAAUAUAAAAUAUUUUAUAUUUUUUUUAAUAGAAUGCUUCUUAGGCCACGUAAAGUGUUAAACGUGCGUUUUGCUACAUAUACUUAACGCCUAUCAUGUUAGAAAAAUUAAAAAGUCUAUGGUUUAGUUACACUUUUCACCACGCACAAAACUCGCAUUUUUCUUUAUAGAUAGGGUGUUUCAUUUUCGAUGUUAUUUUUUAAUAAGCUGCUCUGUAUUUUGACAUGUGUCAAGUAAGAACAUUCCGAACAUAACGAAAAUGGCGAAAUAUUUGAUAUUUGACCGGUUUUGCAAUCGAAUAAUCUCUCGUGAAGUAGACGAAACAACUAAAAAAAGAGGCGAUGGUCUUCAAAAUCGGUUCAGCUUGAAGAGAGCUAUAAAGCAAAAAAUAAUUUAAUGCAGAGUGUUCUUAGCUGUUUGUUGUUGUUUCAAGUGUGAGAUUAGGGUU